CAUCUCUCUCCCCCAGAUCUCUUAUUCCCGACAUCGUGCAACGCCCUCGCUCGGGACCGUUCCACAUCCAUGCUGCACCAGCCCGCCGUCCCGUGAGCGUACUCUCAACACGAGUACAAAGGCAUGCAGCCAUGGACCCGGAACCCAGCGCUCGUUCGCCGGCUGCGAAUGUGACCCAAGACGGCGCCGCGGGCCCCUCGCCCAGGAAGAAGCAGAAGCGCAACAAGCCGACCUUGAGUUGCGAGGAAUGUGUCGAGCGCAAGACGAAGUGCGACCGCGGGCGGCCCCAAUGUCUCGCGUGCCUCAAGCGGCAAUCGCAGUGCAAAUACUCCGAGGUCGCGAACCUCAUCGCCUCUGCAGACCGUGGCGCCGCGCGUAAUACCGGCCGCGCGAGGAAGCAGCACACCAAAUCCGUAACGCCGUCCAGCAAUAACGAGACGCAGCCAAUUCCACUUCAGGUUCAGGUCCCAACGUCAACGCCAAGGACCCAGUACCGCAGCGUAUCGCUGUCAUCGGCAGGAUCCUCGCCAUUCUUACUGUCCAACAUCCCGUACUCGAAUCACAUCCAGUCGCCCUUCUUCGGGCUCGGCUCCGAGCAUCCUUUCGCCAACUACUGGACGAGCCGGGGAGGCCUGUCUGAAGUGAUAGGCGUCUUACCGGCCAAAGACCAGGCCGAUAUAUUGGUCGCCAAGUAUUUUGACGCUGUCGACCCUGUAUAUCCCAUGGUGCACCGCAGGAACUUCUAUGCCGACUAUGAGCGCUUCUGGUCGCUGCCGCUCGCAGAGAAGCAGGUCGCCGACCCAGUGCUGGUGGCUCUCCACUUCGUCGUAUAUGCCAUGGGCACGCAGUUCAUAAGCACCCCUUCAGACCAUGAGCGUGCCCAGAUCGCCGAGUUUUAUGUCUCAGCGUCCCAGCAAGCCCUGCGGUUGUCGUCGUAUCUCAGCCGAGCGUCCGUCAGGACUCUCCAGGCAAUGGUGCUGAUUUGCUACUUCCUGAUGAACGACAAUCACGCGUCUGACGCAUGGGCUUUUGGCGGCGUCCUCGUACGACAGUCAUAUGCAAUGGGUCUACAUCGCGAUCCAGAUAUCAUCGCUCCGCGCUGUUCGCUCUCCGAUAAGCAGCAGCGACGGAAGCUAUGGCAGGCUGUUCUCUUCCAAGACACAUUCCUCACCGUCCUCCUCAAGCUUCCUCCAACGGCCACCUUCUCCGACGUACGCGUAGAAUCCCUAACCGACGAGCUAGAUGACUACAUGACGAAUGGGUCCUCUGCCAAUGGCGCCUCUGACCCUGUCAUAAACCCCAUGAGCAUUAGCAAUAUCGCACCUUCAUCCGACGCCUUUCCACCUUAUGAACUCUGUGACCGACAGUACAUACGCUCCAUGUGGCAUAUGGCGAACCUAGUUCAACGCACCGUCUGCACGCCACGCUCACUCGGGCACUCGUUGACCAAGUCCGUAAGCGAUAAGGCAGAUCUCACCAACGAAUAUCACAAACUCUUAGACUCCUUUCCAUCGCCUCUGACUACCUCGGACGACGCGGCAAUCCGCAAAAUGGCCGAGACUAACCCACGCCUCUUACGUCAAAACCUCUUUCUACGCAGCAACUUCUGGCAUUGUGUAAUGGUUAUCCAAGCGGACGAGAACGAUAGUAGUGGAGUGACAUGCGAUGUGAGAGGAGCGCUGGAAGCGGCGCGCAUGGCGCUGCUGGCUUUCUUCCACUUCUGGGAGCACUUGCGGGUGGAUGCUGGCGUGUGGUGGGUGUUUCAGCAUCGCGCGUUCGAGGAAGCCCUCCUCAUGGCCCGCAUCCUCGGCACGCAAGAACAACCUCUCUCUCCUGGCCGAGAAGGCAUGAGCCCCGCAAGCGACCCUUUACUCAUGAUGGCGAAGGAGGACGCAAGGAAGACGCUCGAGAUUCUGGACAUGGUGGGCGGCGCGCCAGAGAUGCAGAAGACGCGGACCGAGGUGCUGCGGACGGCGUUCGCGGAUAUAAUGUGGUGAGCAUCAUCAAUCUUGAUUAUUUCGGUGUUGUCAUAUUGGGUGGAGUUCAAAAAGGACAGGCUUGGUUCUCUUCAUGCGUGGCGAUUUGCUUGGAUAUAUAUAUGCGUAUUAAUCGGUGGCUGCACAUUGAUAGUUUUGGAUAAUAAGAGGCAGCUCUGUGAGGAUGCUCCGAUUGCAUCUUCGCUUGAAUCCACCGA